AUGAAGACGCAUGCCCAACGUGUUAUUGCAAUGCUCUACUGCAUAGUAAUUUUGGCCAUUGGCAUGUCCAUCGCCCUGUAUUGUACCGGGGCACGAAUUGCAGAACUGGAACCCGCGUUCGUAUCAUUUUUCACCAUCAUGUAUGUGACUUCAGUAAUUGGAAUGAUAUACAUGCUUUGGUAUGUGGCACACAAUAGACACGCCACAAUCGAAGCAAUUGAGAAAGGAGACCUGUCUGCUACACGAAUUCUUUUUUCCAUGCGUGGAGAACCUGUCAGUCUAUACUUACGAAUUGCCAUUUGCAUCUUUGCCGCCAUGGCUAUUGUAUUUGCAUCGUGUCGGGCCUAUGAAGUCAGUGUGACCAAGUCAGACCGUUUACUCAUCUCAAUCUACACAACCAGCAAAAUUCUAUUCUUUGUGAUACAGCCAAUCUUCUUUCUCGUUCUUCAUCGGCUCGUCGUUUUGGCCAAUGUUCGCAUUUUCAGUGUGAUUUUGCUUCACAUCCUCACGGUGAACUUGUGUGUUUGGGUCGAAUCAGCUAUCGAAAAGGUCUCUAUGACCAUAAACACGGAAAGGUCAACUGAUGGUCACAGUUCGGACAAGCGGGGAUACACACUGGCUGCUACGCAUUACUUUUUGCCAGCCAUUCCAGAAUACUGUGCAGUCGCAGUCGCUGUCACCUAUGAAAUGGCUCAGCGAAUUGGACAGUUGAAACAGAUUGAAGCACAUCAUGAGAAAGCAGAAAAACAAGAAAAACGUCCACAGCUCCAAACAUAUGUGGGUCUGAUGUUGGGUUCCAUUUUGUGCGUCCUCGUCUUGGUGAUUAUUCUCUAUCUGGAAACUGCUGAUCACGGAAUCGAUUAUUAUCGACCAAUUUGGCACUUGUCUGAGACCAUAUUGCUGUAUAUUUGCUCCUUGAUUCUCAGCGUAGCCGGGAUCAUCACAAUAAGGAAACUGAAAUUCUCGGUGAAUUUUGCCAAGAACAGUUUGGACGAAAAAUUGUUACUGGUCACCUUCUUCCUAACAGUAAACUUUUUUGUGGCUUGCUGUGUUCUCUGCGUGGCUUAUCUGACCUCCGGACAUCUAACGACUAAAGAAAUGUACAAGAUGACUGCACAACUGGUAGCACUAAUAAUGGAAUUGAUCCAGGUGAUGGUUCAGACCUAUCUGAUUCACGACAUGUUUUACCGAUGUUGCCAUCAUGAAUCGUAUUGGAAAACUCGUCCGGGACGAGGUAUCAUUGCUGUUUUAUCGGCGAUCAACUUCUCGUUGUGGAUGAUUUACAGCUUUCAGGUGAAACACAACGAUGUCCUCUUCACAAUGAGUGCCACUUUGUAUCAGCAAGCAGAACAGCGAGGUUUGCACAUGUUCAUCGUAGUCAUGUUACCUAUGGUCAUGCUAUUUCGUUAUCACAGUAGUGUCUGUUUAGCCAUUUCAUUUGAACGCAUCUACGAAGAUGAGGUGACCCGAUACGAGAGCAUGUUACGUUGGAUCAAACAAGACACAACCAAACAAUUCCUGCACUCGCAAAAACUUUCUCUCGAUUCCCGAUGGGACACGGAAAUCGAAAUGCCGUCACAAAUUUCCAAAGGAGAGAGUCAAGUUGGGACCAGACAACGCGCAGCCUCUCAUCCUGUACUGAAAUGUAUGAGUGCUAUCGAUCGUGAGGUGUCAAGUUUGGGCGAACGAAAUCAGACUUCCACAGACAAAGUGGAUCGUACCGAAUCGGAAUACAAUCCGCAGGAUACAAUCUCUUCACUUUACCGCGAGCAGGGACGACGCGGAACAAGAAUCAAUUUGGAAAUGGCUCGUAUUCGUGUGGCUGCCAGUGAAUUCGAGCACCGAAUGACGGAACAAAAGUUGAAGCAACAAAAACUUCGCGAGCUGAAGGCGGCAAAAAGUUUGAGUAGUGAACUGCAUAAACGUUUCGGAAACGAUCGAAUGUUUCCCGCAGGUGAUUUGGCCCAUUCUAAUUCGGAAAAUGCUCUGGGGCAGGAGUAA